AUGGCCAAGCAAUCUAACACCCUUGGAAUCGCAAUUGUUCGAAUUGACUAUGCUCCCUGGGGUAUCAACUCACUCCAUGCUCACCCUCGUGCUACAGAGAUCCUCACCGUGAUCGAAGGCUCUCUCGAAGUUGGAUUCGUGACAUCCAACCCUGAGAAUCGCCACAUUACCAAGAUCCUUAAGAAGGGAGACGUAUUCGUCUUUCCGGUUGGGUUGAUCCACUACCAACGCGAUAUUGGCUACGGAAAUGUUGUUGCUAUAGUUGCAUUAAGCAGCCAGAACCCUGGAGUCAUCACCAUCGCCAAUACUAUUUUUGGAUCCAAACCCGACAUAUCUACUCACCUCCUCGCCAUAUGGUAUGCUCUAGGACUAGGACUAGGACGACCUCUAAGGACUACUAAAAACAAGGAAUGA